AUGAAAGAUCGACACCUAUUUUUAAUUUUGCUUUAUUUUGUGAAUAAUGGAUAUGCUGCACGAUGGACAGAGACACAAGCGAAUGAAUGGUAUGAACAACAACCAUGGUUUAUCGGCACAAAUUUUAUUCCAUCGACGGCGAUUAAUUCAUUGGAAAUGUGGCAAUCAGAAACGUUUGACAUUGAAACAAUUUCAAGAGAACUAUCAUGGGCGGCAUCGUUGAACAUGAAUCUGAUGCGCGUGUAUCUUCAUCAUUUACUAUGGCAGCAGAAUGCCGAUGAUUUUGCGUCAAGAAUUGAUAAAUUUUUGCAAAUAUCCUCCCAAAACAAUAUUCAAAUUAUAUUUGUUUUAUUCGAUGAAUGUCAUACACCAAAUCCUAAACUCGGACUACAACCAAUACCUAUUCCGGGUGUGCACAAUUCGGGCUGGGUUCGAGAUCCGGGCCAAGAAAUGUUGUUAGAUCAAACAAAAUGGUCUGUUUUACAGCAAUAUACUGCUGACAUUAUUACUCGUUUUCAAAAUGAUACAAGAAUAGCUCUGUGGGAUUUGUACAAUGAACCAGAAUGCAGUCAACAAGUACCAAUUGUUUUACCCUUGUUAAAAUUAGUUUAUGCUGCUGCUAUAUCUGCUAAUCCAGUUCAACCGUUAACAGUUGCACCUGCCAGUUCGCUAUCGGAAGAACUUGCUCAAUACGAAAUAUCAAUAUCCGAUGUGAUUACAUUUCAUAAUUAUGCUCCAUUAGCCGACACAAUGAGAAUGGUUGAACAAUUAAAAACAUUCAAUAGACCAUUAAUUUGUACCGAAUAUUUGGCUCGUACAGCAGGCAGUACAAUAUUUACUCAUAUACCUUAUUUUUACUCAAAUAACAUCGGUUCCAUCAAUUGGGGAUUAGUAUCGGGCAAAACUCAGACAAUUUAUCCGUGGUUUUCGCCAGAAGGAGCUCCGACGCCGCUGAUAUGGUUUCAUGACAUUCUGCAUGCAAAUGGUACACCCUUUUCUGUCUAUGAAGUUCAGUUUCUUAAAGAUUUAAAACCAAAACGUCAGAAUGAGAUAAUGUUAAAAUACUAA